AUGUCUGGCGAAGCAUGGCUCUACCUGUUGUCGGUGUUAAUCAAUGCCGUCAACCUGUUCCUCCAAGUCUUUUUCACGAUUAUGUACAGCGAUCUUGAGUGCGACUACAUCAACCCCAUCGACCUGUGCAACCGCCUCAACGCCUACAUCAUCCCCGAAGCUGCUGUCCACGCGUUCCUGACUUUCCUCUUCAUCAUCAACGGGUACUGGCUCGCGAUCUUGCUGAACCUGCCCCUCCUGGCGUUCAACGCGAAGAAGAUCUACGAGAACCAGCACCUCCUGGAUGCGACCGAGAUUUUCCGCAAGCUGAAUGUGCACAAGAAGGAAUCGUUCAUCAAGCUGGGUUUCCACCUCCUGAUGUUCUUCUUCUACCUUUACAGUAUGAUCGUCGCCCUGAUCCGCGACGAGGGCCAUUAA